AUGCCAUGGGGCAACAUACCAAGGCUCCGGUCUCGAUGUGGUGCCUAUGUAGUCUUAAAUAGAGGAUGCAAUUCACAAUGCAUCUUUGCUCCUUACUUCCGUUGUGAGGAUGAUAUUGCUCGUUUUGUUGCCAUCUGCGAUGUUUUUACUGUCAAGAAUGUUGUCAACUUCCUAGCUUCGCUUCCGCAGCAGGUUAGUGAGUUGCAAGCUUACCGAGCUUAUUUGCAAGAUUCACUAUUUGCAUAUUAUUCUUCGUAUCCUCAACCUAAUCGAAACCCAAGUUGGAAUUUCGAUCUUGCUAUCAUCCCAAAGGAUGUCCCUUAUCCUAGUUUUUCAGAGGCUACUCUUCCACCUUACCCUGGUGAAGCCAGCAGUAGCCAGAUGCCACCCCCAGAUGACAUCGAUGAGCUGGGACCUGUCGUGUUUGGCAAUCGUCGUCUUCUCUGA